CUGUCCCCUCACAUCACCCCCACCCUGUUGUCAUCUACCUCCACCCCACCUAACGCAGCUCUGUGUCCCUCUGUUCUUCUCACCAGAAGGAGCUCGGCUCCCACAGAACCAGGUGCGGCAGCAUGUUCCUCGCCGCCCGAGUUUCCCUACCACGGCGAGCCCCCUCAUCCUCCGGUGCUGGGCGAGGACAGUCGGUGGGGAGCGAGGCUAGUCGGUGGGGAUCCGGACCACAUGAAGAGGUUUUUGUUCUCGACAUGUUAGAGCUGGGUGUACUAAACAAGCCCCAAGGAGUAACACCAAGAAUAGGCUUGUAUGACUAUGAGUCGAUGAAAAAGAUGCUCGAGCAAAUCGCGGUUAACUUCCCCAGUGGAGAAGUCACUUUCAACAGUGGCAAGGUUACGAGCGGUACGUCUGCGGGAGGGGGGCUCGAGGCACAUGGAAAUGAUCCGGCAAAAGAAAAAAUCGCUAAGCCAGCUAUAGCCCCAAAAAGAGCAAGCACUCCAUGCUCACCAAUGCUACGAUCUACUUACACCAAGAAUGGCCCGCAGGAAUUUCCAAAUUAUAUAUGCUCGCGGUACCCUAGCAUAUCAGCACAGAAGCUUGCGGCCUAGCAAACAUAUC